AUGGGGACAUUGGUGGUGGGUACCGAACGCUACGAGAUGGUGACCACAGUGGGGAAAGGGACAUUCGGGGAGGUGACCCAAGGAUGGAGAAGAAGCACAGGAGAGAUGGUGGCCAUUAAGAUCUUGAAGAACGAAGGUCACCGUGGUCAAGUAGCCAAGAAUGAGUUAAAACUCUUAGAAGCUCUCCGAGAAGUAGACACGGAGAAGUCACACCUCAUCCGUUUCUUGGAGUCUUUUGGUGACACCACAUGGACCUACUUGGUCUUUGAGUUGUUGGAACAAAACCUCUUUGAUUUCCAGAAGAAGAACAACUUCUCCCCGUUGCCCGUCCGGCACAUUCGCACCAUCACGGCACAAAUCUUGAUGGCUUUGGUCAAGUUGAAAGAACUUUCCAUCAUCCAUGCUGACCUCAAACCUGAGAACAUCAUGUUGGUAGAUCAUCUUCGUUAUCCUUUUAGGGUGAAACUCAUCGAUUUUGGUUCUUCAAGUAUCUUCACCGAGGUCCAAGACAUCAAAGAACCUUAUAUCCAGUCAAGGUUCUAUCGUGCUCCUGAGAUCUUGUUGGGUUUACCCUUCGAUGAGAAGGUGGACAUCUGGUCUUUAGGUUGUGUGGUGGUGGAACUUCACUUGGGUUGGCCACUCUUCCCUGGUGUUAAUGAGUACGAUCAAGUUCGUUACAUCUCCUCCACCUUGGGGUCACCACCAAGUGAGUUACUUGGUGCUGCUCGGAAAACGUGGUCCUUCUUCCAUCGUGUUCCACCUCCCAACGGUUCUUGGCAACUCAAAGCACCUAAUGAGGAGAUGAUGAGGUCAAUGGAGAGGAGGAAAUAUGUCUUCUCCUCAUUGGAUCAAUUAACAUCCAUCAACAUCCGCCCAACGGUUUAUCCCAGUUGGGAAGCGUUGGCUGAACGUUGUGACCUACGUGGGAUGGUGGAAUUGGUCAAGAAGAUGUUGACUUGGGAUUCACGCAAGAGGAUUGUCCCCAGCGCUGCCCUCAAACAUCCUUUCAUCUCCUUACAGCAGGUGAAGACCAGUUUUGAAGCCACCAGGUAUUAUCAGUUGUGUCAAGAAGAUUUGAAGGCAUCUCAGAAGGAUGGUGGUGCCGUUGAGAUCUUCUCAACCAUGAAAGAAGAAGGUUCUUCCAUGAAAGAAGGAGGUUCCUCCAUGAAAGAUGAAGGUUCCUCCAUGAAAGAAGAAGGUUCCUCCAUGAAAGAAGGUUCCUCCAUGAAAGAAGGAGGUUCCUCCAUGAAAGAUGAAGGUUCCAUCACCUCCACUGCUCAAUGUAAUAUCCAGAAGGUCAUCGCUCAGAUGGAUCAACUCAACCUGGUGGAGAUGGUUGGUUCUUCUCACCAAACUCCCAUCCCAACUCACUACGGAACCCGGCACCGACGGCAUCGCCAACGGCACAAGACUCAACCCAACGCUGGGAACUUGAUCGUCUUGGGAUCUUCUACCAGGAGGGAACAAAGAGGUCACCAAGAUUUUGGUGGCAUCGUGGAGCAGAACCUGCCUGGAAGACCUUACACCUCACCCCACGUCAAG